AUGUUGUUCAGUUUUCCUGUCUUGCUGCUAGAAAUUAUCACAUCGGUUGUGUUAGUGUUGGCUAAUAAGGAAAAUGUGGAAGAAUUUUUCAAAAGUGGCCACACAAACAACUGGGCUGUCCUCGUUGACACCUCCAGGUUCUGGUUCAACUACAGGCAUGUGGCUAACGUGCUGUCAGUCUAUCGCAGUGUCAAGAGACUUGGUAUCCCAGACAGUCAGAUUAUUCUGAUGGUGGCCGAUGAUAUGGCAUGCAAUCCCAGGAACCCGCGGCCAGCUACUGUGUUUAACAAUGCCAACCAAAACAUCAAUGUUUACGGUGACGACGUGGAGGUAGACUACCGCGGCUAUGAGGUAACUGUUGAGAAUUUUAUCCGAGUCUUGACAGGAAGACUGCCUCCAAGCACACCUCGGUCUAAGCGAUUGUUGUCAGAUGAGCGGAGCAACAUUCUUGUCUAUAUGACAGGGCAUGGAGGAGAUGGCUUCCUCAAGUUUCAGGAUGCUGAAGAGGUUUCCAAUGUGGAGUUGGCAGAUGCUUUUGAACAGAUGUGGCAGAAGCAGAGAUAUCAUGAGGUGUUCUUUAUGAUUGACACCUGCCAGGCAGAGUCUAUGUUCCAGAAAUUCUACUCACCAAAUAUUCUAGCAGUGGCAAGCAGUAAAGUUGGGGAAGAUUCACUUUCUCAUCAUGUGGACCCAGCUCUGGGUGUGUAUGUUAUUGAUCGCUACACGUAUUAUGCCCUGGAGUUUCUGGAAACUGUUAAGCCGGGAUCAAAGAAAACCAUGGCACAGUUUUUCAGAGUUUGUCCUAAAGAUCAGUGCAUUAGUACAGUCAGCACCCGGACAGACUUGUUUCAGAGGGAUGUCUCACAGACCUUGUUGACAGACUUCUUUGGAGGAGAGCGCAAUGUAGAGCUGCUUACAGAAACUGUCGCAUUGUCAAAGUUAAACUCAACCACGGCCCGACAGAGCUGCAACAGAGAGACGUGUGAAACCAGCGAGAAAAAGAAAAGCAAGUUUGCUUAUGUUGACCAGAUUCCAAGUGUGUUGGUAUGA